GCUGCGAAAUUCACCCACACACUGUCAUUGGAAGAGCAUGUCAUGCCUGUUUUCAUAAACCCCUCAAAGUUGUCCUGAGUGCUUAGUGUUUCUUGAAUUGUUCAGUUUAGUCUCUUUCGUCGUCGAAUUUUUUCCUUGCUGUGAAGAGAGAGUUGUCUUCAGUAAUGUCAGUGUCCCGCGUCAGACCGCUUGUGUGUUUGUUUGGGCGCGGGGCAGCGGUCAGGGUCUGCCGGACAGUGAGCACCUGGUCACCGGUAGGAGCCGCUUUCAACGCCAAAGUCCAGAGGAGGCUCGAACUCUUCCAGCAGAAUGUGGGUCUGUUCGGUGUCCCGGAGCUCAGCUCGGUGGAGGGUUUUGAGGUGGUGCAGGAUCGAGCCUUGCAGGAGACAGAGCAGCUGGUGGAGGAAGCCUGCCGCUGCCCUGCAGGAGUUCAGACCGUGCAGAUAUUUGACAAGCUCUCAGACAGCCUGUGUAGAGUGGCUGACAUGGCAGACUUUAUUAAAGUAGCUCAUCCUGACCCAUCAUACCGAGAAGCAGCAGAAAGGACUUGCAUAAACAUUGGCACCAUGGUGGAGAGGCUCAAUACCAAUGUUGAACUGUGUAAAAGCUUAAAGGACCUGUUGGACAAUGAAGAGAUCAUGUCCAAACUAGAUCCAGAGACAAGACGAGUGGCUGAGCUCUUCAUGUUUGACUUUGAGAUAAGUGGAAUUCAUCUGGAUACAAAACAGAGGAAGGAGGCAGUGAACUUGAAUGUGAAGCUGCUGGAUCUAAGCAAUCAGUUUCUGAUGAGCUGCCACAUGCCCAACAGGAUCGAGAAGAAAGCUCUUCCUGAACACAUUUACCAACACUUUAUUAAAGACGGAAAGUACAUUCAGAUCGGAGGCCUGCAUGCGGAUGCACCUGAUGACUUGGUCAGGGAAGUUGCAUAUAAAGUUUUUCUCUACCCGAAUGCAAAUGUGAUGCACAUACUUGAAGAACUGCUGGCCUGUAGAGAUAAACUGGCUCGUUUAGUUGGUUAUGAAUCCUAUGCACACAGAGCAUUAAAGGGAACCAUGGCCAAAACCCCAGAGGCAGUUAUGAACUUUUUACAGCAAAUCACAGACAAGCUUGCAGACAGGACUGAAAAGGAUUUUAAAAUGAUGAGGGAUAUGAAGACAAAACUCAACCCUCGAAAUUCUGAACUAAUGCCAUGGGAUCAUCCAUAUUUCAGUGGUGUGACACGUGCAGAAAGAUUCAACAUUGAGCCGAGUUUGUACAGUCCGUACUUCUCGCUGGGAGCAUGUAUGGAGGGUCUUAAUGGUGUUUUUACGCAGCUGUAUGGCGUGUCGCUGCUGGCGGAGCAGCCCAGCGUGGGGGAGGUCUGGAGCGAAGAUGUGCGCAAGCUGGCUGUGGUGCAUGAAACAGAGGGACUGAUGGGAUAUAUCUACUGUGACUUCUUCUACAGACAAGACAAACCUCAUCAGGAUUGCCACUUCACCAUUCGUGGUGGAAGGCGUCUGGACGAUGGUCAGUAUCAGCUGCCGAUGGUGGUCCUAAUGCUGAAUCUGCCCCAUCCCACACGGGCCAGUCCCACUCUACUCAGUCCAGGCAUGAUGGAGAAUCUAUUCCAUGAGAUGGGCCACGCCAUGCACUCAAUGCUGGGAUGCACACGCUACCAACAUGUGACAGGAACACGAUGUGCCACUGAUUUCGCAGAGGUACCAUCUAUUCUAAUGGAGUACUUUGCUACAGAUUAUCGUGUCAUCAGUCAGUUUGCUCGCCACUACCAGACUGGACAGCCUUUGCCACAGGGCAUGGUGGCCCGUCUUUGUGAGUCCAAGAAAGUCUGUGGUGCAGCUGACACUCAACUUCAGGUUUUCUAUUCAGUCCUGGAUCAAGUUUAUCAUGGAAAACCACAAAAUCGUUCAACAACAGACAUCAUGGUAGACUUGCAGAAGAAGUAUUAUGGUCUGCCAUAUGUCUCUAACACGGCCUGGCAGCUGAGGUUUAGUCAUCUCAUCGGCUACGGGGCCAAAUACUACUCUUACCUGAUGUCACGGGCCGUGGCCUCUAUGGUGUGGAAGCAGUGUUUUUAUAAAGACCCCCUCAACAGGGAAACCGGAGAGCGCUACCGGCGAGAGAUGCUGGCUCAUGGGGGAGGGAAGGAGCCCAUGCUGAUGGUGGAAGGCAUGUUGCAGAAACGACCCUCCAUGGAGGACUUUGUGAAGGCCCUGGUAUCUGAUCUGGACCCUGACUUUGAAACCUUCAUCAUGGACUCAGAAGCCUGACAGAAGAUGUUUCAGAAAGGCUCUCCGAGAACAACAGCCGCUGAGAUUAGAGCAGCUCAUCCUGAAACGACACCAGAACACACACGUCAAAGUCAGUUAACAUACAAACGUCUUCUGAAGGCUUUUUACUUGUCUGAAUUACUGCACAUGCAUAGAAGAGAAACUUUUGAUAUGGUGUCUGAACAUGAUGCUUUUCAAUGUAAGGAAAGAGAAUGCUGUGUAAACAAACUUGAAUUAAAACAGUAUUGAUGAUUACAAGUUAUAUCAAGUGAUCUUGAUAAGAAAUAGUUUGUGUGUAUUUUAGCGAUGUAAAAAUUGUCUUAUUAUCAUGCAAUAAUCAAGUCAUUAAUUGUUAAUUGUCAUAGUUUUUGUGUAUUUUAAUUAAACGUUUGCAUAAUGUU